AUGGCUUCCACUACCACCCAUCUGCAACAUGUCAUUACGCCGGACAAGACCACCUUGAAGCUCAAUGCAGCUGCUUCUCUCCCCGCGGUCGCUACUCCAGCGAAAAAAGGCGGCCUUCUAUCCACCUUGCCCCCUUCCCUAGUCCCAUAUGCCGAGCUCUUGCGGCUGCACCAGCCCGCGGGAGUAUACGCUUCGCUCGUGCCCACAUUAAUCGGAACCUUUUUGGCAGCCGCAUCCCCAAUCUUGACCCCAUCUUCAAUUUCACACGUAUCCCCGCUCAGCCUUCUUUCCCUCUCAAUCACGCACACUGUGGGCAAUACUCUUCUCCGCGGCGCUGCUUGUGCAUAUAACGAUGCGAUAGAUGCACCAUACGACCGUCUUGUUGCGCGUUGCAAAUCGCGCCCAGUGGCGCGUGGAGCAGUCACCUCUCUUCAAGCCCAUGUUUUUGCACUUUUUGUCUUCGGGCUAUGGAUCGUCACCUUGUUCACUCUGCCAUCGCCCGAAACUGUAGCCACCCCGGCUGCUCUUCUCGUUGCUACGAUGGCAAUUUACCCCUUCUGCAAGCGGAUCACACAUUUCCCACAAUUGGUACUCGGUAUCUCACUCGCAUUCGCGCAAGCUAUUGGGUACGGAUCAUUGGGAGUCAGUUUCUCUAACAUGGAUCUUCCCACGCAAAUUGGCCUCGGGUGUCUGUAUGUCUCGUAUGUUGUACAUACGAUGAUUUAUGACACAGUAUAUGCUCACCAAGAUCUGGAAGAUGAUCUGAAAGCCGGAAUCUUGAGUAUGGCAGUGCUGUGCCAUGGGCGAACAAAGAUCGUCCUGAGUGGGUUGGCAACCGUGGAGGUGGGGUUGUUGGCGGCCACGGGAUGGACACUAGGGUUCGGGGGAUGGUCAUAUUGGAUCGGUGCAGUCGGGGGCACAGCCAUGGCUUUGGGUAGCAUGGUUAGAUUAGUGCAGCUGGACAAACCCAAGGAUUGCCGAAUGUGGUUUGCGAGGCUGUUGUGGUGGAUGGGGGCUUGCGUCGUUGGUGGAUUGGCGGGGGAGUAUUGGCUCAGAGUUUAA